GAGGCAAACUGAUAUCGACGUUUGCUACUGCACCUGCACUGUAGACCAAACACCCCCCCCAAUUGAUCAGCAAGAAUGUCCAUCAUCCGAACUUCUCUGGGACAAUUCAUAUCCACGACGCGGGUCUCCCUUCUAGAGUCACUAAAAGCUCCAAAACCCCUACACAUAGUUAUUGGCAAUGAAUCCGUCGGUUCAACUCCCCCACCCCUCCUUUCCUCAAUUCACUCAUACUAACAUCUCCCAGACAUUGACUCCUUUGCCUGCGCGGUCCUCUACGCUUACUACACCCCAACCCCAACAGCGCCCUUUCUCUCGAUGCCCCGGGCGGACCUAGCGCUCAGACCAGAACUCCACUAUCUCCUAAACCUUCUUCAGAUCUCCCCCAAAGAUCUCCUCUUCACAGACGACCCGCCCCUCUCCGCCCUACCCAAAAGCACCCGGAUAGCCCUAGUGGACCACAACAGGCUCGAACCCGCACUUCGUGUAUUCUUCCAAGACUCCAACGUCCGCGGAAUAAUCGACCACCACGAAGACGAGGGCGGCAGCCCCAACGCGAAGCCCAGGAUUAUAGAGAGGAGCGGAAGCUGUGCCUCACUGGUCACCAAUUACUUCAAAGAAGUCUUCCCUACAAGCGGAGUUGUCAGGGGGGGAUUGGCACGGCUGGGCUUGGCCGCUGCGCUAAUUGAUACCACGAACUUGACGAACAAGGUCACAGAGCACGACACCUCCACCGUGGAAUUUCUGGAAGGCGUGAUAAAAGGCAUGCCUGUAGAGCCCGGUAGCGAGAAGUGGGACCGGCAGAAAUUCUUUGACGACGUGUGGGAUGCCAAGAAUGAUAUCGGCUACAUGCCACUGCGAGAUCUCCUAAGAAAGGAUUGGAAAGAGUGGACCGAGGAUAAUGGAAAGAAGCUUGGCAUUGCGGCUAUAGUCAGAGACCUGGACUGGCUAGGGAGCCGUCAAGGCCAGGACUCCUUCCUCCAGGGCGUCAAGUCCUGGGCGCAGGAACGGGAAUUGGACCUUGUUUCCGUGAUGACCACGGUUGGCCAGGGCGACGAGUUCAAGAGGGAACUUAUGGUCUGGGCCCUUGACGACUCUGUUAAGAGUACCAUCGCCGCAUUUGGGGAGAAGGCUCAAAGGGCAGACUUGCAGUUGCAGACUUGGAGGGAUGGAGGGUUGGAUUCGGAGGACGGGGACAGGAAAGCGUGGAGGCAGUUCAACCUUGUAGCGAGCAGGAAGCAGGUUUCACCGCUUCUGAGGGAGAGCUUGAGGGAGGUGGUGGUGGAGGUGAAGGGAGGGAGGGAGUCGAAGGUUUAGACUCUUAGGCACCCGGGGUGUUGUUCUGCUGAUUAGAUAGCUAGUUUGUUGAUGGGGAUUUUGUGGUUUGGGGGAUGUUCCCUACUAUAGAAUCCUUUUGCUUUUGCAUGGUCAAGGAGAAUCUUCCGAAACCAGCGCACGCCGAACCACCACCACGGGAAAUAUAUCUCCAACUGGUGGAUCUCAUCACAAUAUGUCACUCGAAUACCAAAGCUGAAUAUCACAAUUUUACUCAU